CUCCUGCUCCAAUGAGAUCCUGGGCCUGAAGCUGCCGUCGGAGCCAGUGCUGAACGCCAACACGGUGUGCCUGACCCUGCCGGGCUUGACACGGCGGCAGCUGGAGGUGUGCGUACGCCACCCCGACGUCACUGCCUCGGCCAUCCAGGGCAUCCAGAUCGCCAUCCAUGAGUGCCAGCACCAGUUCCGGGACCAGCGCUGGAACUGCUCCAGCCUCGAGACCAAGAACAAGAUCCCCUACGAAAGCAUCAUCUUCAGCAGAGGCUUUCGGGAGAGCGCCUUCGCUUACGCCAUCGCGGCCGCCGGCGUGGUGCAUGCCGUCUCCAACGCCUGCGCCCUCGGCAAGCUGCAGGCCUGCGGCUGCGACCAGAAGCGCCGGGGCGAUGAGGAGGCUUUUCGGCGCAAGCUACACCGUCUCCAGCUGGAGGCCAUGAACCGCGGCAAAGGCAUGGUGCACGGGGUGCACAUGGAGCACAUGCCGGCCGAGACCCCCGGCCUCCAGGACUCCUGGGAAUGGGGAGGGUGCAGCCCUGACGUGGACUAUGGGGAGAAGUUUUCCAAGGAUUUCCUCGAUUCCCGGGAAACCUACAGGGAUAUCCACUCCCGCAUGAGGCUGCACAACAACCGCGUGGGCCGGCAGGUGGUGAUGGACAACAUGAGGAGGAAGUGCAAAUGCCACGGCACCUCGGGGAGCUGCCAGCUGAAGACGUGCUGGCAGGUGACACCUGAGUUUCGCCUGGUAGGGUCCCUGCUUAAGGACCGCUUCUACGGGGCCACCCUCAUCCGGCCCCACAACCGCAACGCCGGGCAGCUGGAACCGGGCCACGCUCGGCAUCGCCGCCGGGCCGGCAUCAGCGAGCUGGUUUACUUUGAGAAGUCACCGGACUUCUGCGAGCGGGAACCGGCCCUGGACUCCUUGGGCACCCAAGGGCGCCUGUGCAACAAGACCAGCCCGGGCAUGGACAACUGCGAGAGCCUGUGCUGCGGCCGCGGGCACAACAUCCUGCGGCAGACGCGCAGCGAGCGCUGCAACUGCAAGUUCCACUGGUGCUGCUUCGUGGCCUGCGAGGAGUGUCGCAUCACCGAGUGGGUCAGCGUCUGCAAGUAG